AACAGGACAAGACGCAUGGACAUGAAAGGACUUGAAUGGACUUAAAAGGACUUGAAUAGGCUAAACGGACUUUUGAUUCACACUUUGCAUCAUUUCGCAUUUUUUUUCCAUUCAUAAGGUUCACCUUGCUGUCGGAUUUUGGAAAAGGGAUGCCUUAAACAUCACAAAGGUCAGGUAAAAAAAGACAAUUGGACAUUUUGUGCUCACUAGGCUAGUAUGAUCUGUACGCCAAUCGAUUCAUUAGUCAGCACUAAAUAACACUGAAAGAAGGAAAUCACUAUUUGCAACAAACAAACAACAAACUUCUUCGUCAAGUUGACUCCUUGUGACAACAAAUGAAAAAGUAUUUUUCCCCCCAACAAGUAAACAUGAAUGGACAUCAGUGAAACUGAUUUUAUUCAAUUUAAUGAGAAAAUGUUUGGAUAUUUUUAUGUUUGUAUCAUUGAAAAUUACACCAAGGGGAAAAGUCAGAAGCUAUAAUUAAGACAUUUUUUAAUAUAUAUUUUUAAUAUUUUUAUCUGUUACACAUAUAAAAAAAGAUGUUAUCGGUGAGCCUGCUGGCUAUCUUGGUUUUUUCCAACACAAUGCUGCUCAAGUGUGGUGCACUGAGUCGGUACAAACGCGCCUUGGCGGGCCGUGCAGACAGUGAGCUUUCCCGCCAAGCAGGUGAACCCUGCUCGCUGUCUUGGAGGUUCCCCCGGCACUUCAGCUCACCCUUUCCGGCUCUACAGCAACACCCAGUGGCCAUUCCGACAAUGAGUCGGAGAAAGCUCCACACCUCCUUCAGCGCUCCUGCUGGGUGCGACGGGGGUUGCAUAUUCAAGACGGUAUCUCGGGGUGCUUCAGAAGACUUGCUAGGAAAACAGAGAACGUCUGAUUUAUUUCCCGCCUCCAGGUUUGCCCGAAGCGUCCAUGUGACUCAUGAAGACCAGGACAACUCCACGUCCACCCGCAGACACAAUCAUUCUAGUGGAGCACAGGUUCUUUCUCACAACCAUGGAGAACAUCCUUCUUCCAGUGGCCUGGAGGAGGACUUCUCCAGGGAGGUGGAAGAUGGGGGUCCCACCACAAGCCGGGGUGCCGACAGCACGUCUUGGUGGGGUAAACCCGUGCCGAGGGUGCCCCCCUCCUGGAUGACGGUCCUGCACUUCAGCGGCCGCCAAGAGAAGAUUAGGCUCAAGACGAGUGUGCAGGUGGAGCUGCCGAGGGCUAAGUUCAGCCUGGAGCUGUGGGUCCAUCCAGAAGGUGGGCAGAGUAACCCCGCAGUCAUUGCCGGUGUGUAUGACAACUGCUCCCAUUCUCUGAGUGAGAAGGGAUGGUCAGUAGGUAUUCGCACUAUGGACUCUUUCGGCACCAAGGACGCACGGUUCUACUUCACGCUUCGCACUGACCGAGCCUUGAAACCCACCACUGUCUUCAGCCACCAGCAGUACAGAGCCAAUACUUGGACUCACCUGAUUGCUACUUACAACAGUCAUAACAUGACCCUCUAUGUUGAUGGAGCUAAGGUGGCAGAAAGCAGUCUCCAGCUGGGGGAUCUCUAUAGCCCCUUUAUGAAGACCUGUAGAAGCUUCUUCAUGGGCAGUAACCAAUCAGAGCAGGGGCAAGGCUUUCGAGGUCUACUAGGAGGUGUGGUGUUGUGGGACUAUGCCCUCUCUCAUGAGGACCUACUGAUGCGACCGCUCCAACAAACCAGUCCUCUUCUGGCCUUGUGGGCUGACUUUGCAAAUGUAGAACAGAUGUGGACUCCAUACAAAGUUGGCUUUCACCCAGCUAUCGUUACCACUCCAGUCCCUGAUCCAGAACUUGUCUCCUCCUUCUUGCCGCCACCCUGCGGUCUCACGCCUUGUGAUAACACUGACAUCAUUUCUGGCUAUAACAAUUAUUGGCACCUCCGCUCUCACAAACGUGUCCGCUAUAGGAUUGUCAACCUUUGCAAUGAUGAUGGAGGAAAUCCAACUGUGUCACAAGACCAGAUUCACCUCCAGCACCAGGCCCUGAUGGAUGCCUUUAGUCCUUACAAUAUCACCCUAGACCUGAGUGUGUACACAGUCAGAAACUCUAGCCUUCGGCAGCGGUUUGUGCUAAGUAACUGUCGAAUUGGGAAAAUUGGGAACCGGCAGUGUGAUCCGGAGUGUGACCACCCAAAGACGGGCCACGAUGGAGGGGACUGCCUGAGGCUGGGACACUGCUCCAACUGGAAGAAGCAGGAUGGAUUUUGUAACAUGGAAUGUAACAGUGUGCACUAUGACUACGACGACGGAGACUGCUGUGACCCAGAGGUGACAGAUGUCCUCCAGACCUGCUUUGAUCCAGAGUCCGCUGACAGGGCCUACAUGAGUGUGAAAGAAUUGAAGGAGGAGCUUCAUCUGAGUGGCACAGACACUCUGAAUGUUUUCUUUGCCAGCAACUCUGUUCGAGAAGAGCUAGCAGGAGCUGCAACCUGGCCAUGGGCAAAGGAAGCUCUUACACACCAAGGUGGAAUGGUACUGAACCCAUCCUAUUUCGGCACAAGUGGUCACCACAACACGAUGAUUCAUGAAAUGGGCCAUAUAUUUGGACUGUACCAUGUCUUCAAGGGAGUGAGUGAACGAGACUCCUGCGAUGACCCAUGUCAAGAGACCACCCCAUCCAUGGAAACAGGAGAUCUGUGUGCUGACACUGCACCAAUACCCAAGUCCAAAACCUGCCAUGAUCCUGGAGCUGUUAAUGACACAUGUGGCAUCACCAUGUACCAGGACACCCCUUAUAACAACUACAUGAGUUACACAGAUGACAACUGCACCAAUCGUUUCACUCCCAACCAAGUUGCCAGGAUGCACUGUUAUCUCGACUUGGUCUAUCAGAACUGGCUGACAGAACAUCUACCUGGUUCCGUCCCUAUGGCACCAAUAGUGACCGACCAGGGUCCAGAUUCUGUUUCUAUUUAUUGGCUGGCACCAUUAAGAGGAUCACUAUAUCAAAGCUCCCCCUCCCAUGUGUCUGGGGUCAGCUGUAAGGAAUGCGAGAAGGACGGUGUUUUUCACCAAUACGCCUACGAGGCGACCUCAACCCGCGUCUGUGACACGUCUGGCUACUGGGCACCCGACGAAGCUAUUGGCCAACCUGAUGUGGAGCAGUUGUGUGAACCGAGUCUCCAAGCGUGGAGUCCUGAGCUUAGCCUUUAUGACACCAAUGUGACGUCACCAUGUCCUCAACCAGAGGGCUGCACCCUCACACUGAGGUUCCUCUACCCUCUGGUCCCACUCACUCUUACCCUCUGGGUCACAUACAUCUCAAUAAGUAAUCCAGCCAUAGCUGACAUUGAGCUGAUUACAGACAUAGGUGAAAGCAUAAACCUUGGACCCCAGCACGUCUUCUGCGACAUGCCCUUCACUCUGCGCCUCGACACCCACAAUGUUUCCAUCGGUGCCAUCAAGCUGUGCACCUUUGACGAGAAGAUGGAGAUUGAUGCCGCAAUGUUGUCUUCCGGCCCUGGCAGUCCGUUGUGCUCCGGCUGUCGACCUUUGCUGUAUCGGAUUCACAGGCAGCCACCUUUCACCAGCAAAUCACAAUCGCCUCAGAUGCAGCAGGCGUUCACGGACAGAACUGUAAAGAGGGGAGAAAAGUAUGAGUACAUGAUCCAGAUUGAGACAGAAGGUCAUCUCAGCAAUCCCUCGCCAUCUCUCUUUUACACUCAUGGUCAGCCCUACUGUGGGGAUGGCGUCAUUCAAGGGGCAGAGGAGUGUGACGAUGGUAAUCUGCUGGAUGCAGACGGCUGUUCUAAAAAGUGCCUCAAAGAAAAGGGCUUCAGCUGCCUUGGUGAACCUAGCCAGUGUUAUGUUUUUGAAGGGGACGGUCUGUGCGAGGAGUUUGAACGCGUCUCCAGUGUGCAGGACUGUGGGUAUUUCACACCUCUGGGUUACACAGACCAGUGGGCAUCUAGUGCUACAGCUUCUCAUCAAGACCCCGAACACUGUCCUGCCAAUGCGGCCACUGGCGAACCAUCAUUUAAAAAGCUCUGUAGGUACCAGUACAUGGAUGUGAGUGAAAAACUGCCCACUGAUGCAUGGUUCCCUUGCACAGCUAAUUCAGACAUAAGUAAUGACCUGGAACAUCCAUUCUGGCUUAAGGUGGGAUUUGUCAAUUCUGGAGUGGCUGCCUCUGUUAUCGUGUAUCUGGCUUCAGAUGGAUCAUGGACUGGGGAACACUGUCACAGGACAGCUACCAUCGUGCUUUUGGAUACUACUGGAAAGAAUCACUCAUUAGGCACACAUAACCUCUCAUGCCAUCGGAACCCCUUGAUGGUUAACGUGACCCAUGACCUCUCCCAGCCCUUCUUCCUGACAGCAUCUGUUAUCCUCCUCUUCUCCUCCCCCUCUGUGGCAAUCAGUGGCGUGGCCUUGAGGACCUCCUGCCACUUCAGCACCUUCGCCAAGACCGGGUGUUUGAGGCAAACAUGUCAGAUGGACAGCUGCCAUCCUCCUCAAAUUGAUCAUGCCUUUGUCAGGUGUGCAGGAGGAGGGGAGUCAUCGCACUGCUCCGUUCAGUGUCACCGUGGUUUCAGUAUCACCAUCAUCAACGGGAGGGAAAUCCCACCACACCAGAGACAGACGGAGAUGGAGUGUUUUCAUGGUUUAUGGGAUCGUGAAGUCAGCUGUCAGCCGGUAGACUGUGGCCUGCCUGAUCAGUCUCAUGUCUACCAUGCCAUAUUCAGCUGCCCCUGGGGAACCACCUUUGGCAAACAGUGCUCCUUCACUUGUGGGUCGCCAGCCAUACUUCAAGGCGACAGUGACAGGUUGGUAUGUUUGGAGGACGGUCUGUGGUCUUUUCCAGAAGCUUACUGUAAGAUCGAGUGCUCGGAGCUCCCAAACAUCCUCAAUGCAAAGCUGCUAACGGCAAAGUGCCUGGCCUCAAGCCACGAUGUUGGCUCCCUCUGCCGCUACAAAUGCAAUCCAGGCUUCUAUGUAUUAGGAAGCUUCAAAAAGAAGACACCAAGGAAAUACUUCAAGCUGGAGUGCCAAGAGGGAGGGCAGUGGGAGGAUGCCUCGUGCGAGCCUGUAUCUUGUCCAGCUUUACCUGAUGUUUUCCAGGGCAUGUAUUUGUGCACCAAUGGCUUCUACUACAACAGCCUCUGUACCCUGCAGUGCCCAGAUGCAGCAGAAAAUCGUGUGAUUCAGUGCUCUAAGGAUGGUCAAUGGACAGCACAGUUGACCAUGUGUUCCAACCUUCAUGGAUCCUGCACUGCUCCCUCUCAUCUCAACUUUGUAGAGUACAGCUGCGCUGAGGGCAUGCAUGUUGGUGCUGUUUGCUACCCUACUUGCCUUUUGACCCCAGAUAUGCCUCUUCAUGACCCAGUGAUUUUACCCAAUGGCACUACAGUUGGCUCUUUAAAACACUGGAUGCUCCCUAUGAAAGUACAGACCAUUGUCUGCACAGGGAUGAUGAAGUGGUACCCAGCGCCUGAAAGCAUUUAUUGCAUCCAGUCAUGUGAGCCUUUUGGUGGGGAUGGCUGGUGCGACACCAUCAACAACCGGGCCUACUGCCAGUAUGACGGAGGUGAUUGCUGCCCAUCUACUAUAUCCUCCAAAAAGGUUAUUCAAUUUGGGGCUGACUGCAAUCAAGAUGAGUGCACGUGUCUUGAUCUGGAUGCUGAGGAGAACAGGAACAAAGUCAAGCACCCGGUGGUGGGAGGAUAAGAUAAGAUCAACUUUAAAAAAAGAACUCAAGUUUUGUAAAAUAAGGACAAGUAAUAUGCAGAAGUAAUAUAAACAAACAAAAACCUCAGAUUAUGAGUUCAAUGUGUUUAAAUUUGAGGACAUUCUUAUGGAAAAAGGUGACAGUGGUUAAGCACGUGGGAAUACAUAUGUGGGAACACUGUAUGUACGUGAUUUGUUAAAUACGUUUUUAACUCCUCAAUAACAUUCUCAAAAGUGAUGUGCGGUGCAGCAAUACUUUCAUACUAUACUAUACUACUAAGACAUACUUUCAAAUACCAUACAAAUGUUGUAAGCUACCAUACAGACAUAAUAUGUUAACUCAAGGGUGUCCAAAGUGCAGCCUGGGGGCUAUUUGCGGCCCGCGGCUGUUUUUUAUUUGCCUGCUGCACAUUCUAAAAAUAGCCAAUCAUGAGCUAUAAGGGAACUCAGAACAAGCUUGUCAAUCCAUCGUGAAUCAAUAUAACAAUCUGACUCACAGUGUCAUCUUACCAAGAACAGUAAACUCAUCACACAGCAACUUAACACUCAAAAGGUAUACCUAAGAAAUAUACAAGACAAGUACCAAUAUGAGUUUAAAAUGGAAAAAACCCCAACUGUUUUAACUUCUUCCCCAUAAUACAUUUCACCAGCAGAACAGUUCAUUGGCCAAUGGCUGCCAUUGGCUAAUGACCUCCUGCGAUUUCCGAUUGGUUGACGAGCUCGUUGUGAGUUUUUUCACAAGAGCUGCCUGAUCCUUGCGGACUCGGGCGCGCCACAUGUGCGGCCUAUAGUCCAGUGCAGCUUAUACUGUAUAUGUACAAAUCUGUUUUUCACUCUAAAUGUAGUGGGUGCGGCUUAAACACCCGUGCGUCUAAUACACCAGAAAUGACGGUAUAUAACUUCUGUGUUGCUUACAAAAUAUCAAAGUGGCCCUUGCAUCCUUUCAUUUUUCCGUAUGUGGCCCUCGGUGGAAGACGCUUGGACACCCCCGUUUUAACUUGUUGAUUUCUUUACUAUUUAUCAGGUUUUGGUUUUAGCUGAGUCGAGCAAUUAUUUGAUGAGCUCAUUAGCUAUAGACAUGUAAAUGUCUCGUUCAAACUAGUAGCUGUUCAGACCUAACACUUCUAACUAGUCAUGUAAUGUAGUAUUCACAAUAAACAACAUAUUAUUGUCAUAUUCACAAUCACUGGCUCAUUAUUUGUCAAGACUAAUGACACUGUGCAAAUGUGUAUCGCAUUAACAAAUAUGAAUAAAGGCUCU